AUGGAAAAGAUAAGAUCAGUGUUGUCCUCCAAGGCACCUGAUUCUGGUGUUGAAGAGAAGAAAGUUAGUGACUAUGAAUCGGGUGAACAAAAUUUAGAUAUUGUAGUAUCUAAGAGUCAAGAAUUUGAUCCUAUCAGUUCUAAUAUGAUUAAGGAAAUUAUUGAAGAUGAUUAUGCUGCUGUUACCGUUGAAGAUGAUUCUCCUUAUCCAGAAGUUAGAGCUGCUGUUCCAUCUUCUGAUGAUCCAACUAUGUAUCAAUCUACUAUUAGAUCUUGGGUUUUAGGUAUGAUUUUAACUACUAUUGGUUGUGGUAUGAAUUUAUUAUUUUCUUUCCACGCUCCUGCAUUCUCCAUUACUACUUAUGUUACUUCUAUUCUUGCCUGGCCUUUAGGUAGAGCUUGGGCUGCUUUCCUUCCUGAUUGGAAAAUAUUUGGUGUUUCUCUUAAUCCAGGUCCUUUCAAUAUUAAAGAACAUACCCUUAUUACUAUUAUGGCUAAUGUUUCCUUUGGUGGUGGUGCUGCUUAUGCCACUGAUAUUUUAAUUGCUCAAAAUAGAUUUUAUAACUCUGAUUUCGGUUGGGGUUUCGAUUUACUUGCUAUCUGGUCCACUCAAUGUAUUGGUUUUGCUUUAGGUGGUAUUGCAAGAAGAGUUGUUGUUUACCCAGCUGGUGCCAUUUGGCCAUCUAACUUGGUUACUGCUACUUUCUUAACCAACAUGCACAUUAAUGAAAAUCACACUGCUAAUGGAUGGAAAAUCUCUCGUUUAGCUUUCUUCUGUAUCGUUUUUGCUGGUUCUUUCAUCUGGUACUGGUUCCCAGGUUACAUUUUCACUGCUUUAUCUUACUUUGCUUGGAUCACUUGGAUCAAACCAGAUAAUGUCAUUAUUAACCAACUUUUCGGUUGUUCUACUGGUUUAGGUUUAAUUCCAAAUAAUAUUGCUUUAGAUUGGAAUCAAAUUGCUGGUUAUAUUGGAUCUCCAUUAAUUCCACCUGCAUCCACUAUCGCCACCAUUUUCUUAUCUAUCAUUAUUAUUUUCUGGAUCAUUGUUCCAGCCAUUGCUUAUUCCAAUGUUUGGUAUGCUCAAUACUUACCAAUUUCUUCAUCUGAUUCUUAUGAUAGAUUUGGUCAAUCUUAUAAUGUCUCUAGAAUUGUCGAUCCAGUUACUUUAACUUUCGAUUUACAAGCCUAUAAAGAAUAUUCUCCACUUUUCUUAUCAACUACUUUUGCUAUUUCUUAUGGUUUAUCAUUUGCUUCCAUUUUAGCUACUAUUAUGCAUACUAUUUUAUUCCAUGGUAAAGAAAUUAUUCAACAAGUUAGAAUGAAGGAAAAGCCUGAUGUUCACAUGAGAUUAAUGAAAUCUUAUAAGGAAGUUCCAGAUUGGUGGUAUGUUAUUGUUUUCGUCAUUUUCUUUGCCCUCUCUAUUGUUACUAUUAGAGUAUGGAACACUGAAAUGCCAGUUUGGUGUUUAGUUAUUGCACUUUUAAUUGCUAUUGUUUUCUUAUUACCAGUCGCUAUUAUCUAUGCUAAGACUAACAUUGCUGUUGGUUUAAAUGUUGUUACCGAAUUCAUCAUUGGUUAUAUGCUUCCAGGUAAGCCAAUUGCUAUGAUGUUCUUCAAGACUUACGGUUAUAUUACUAACAAUCAAGCUGUUACCUUUGCUCAAGAUAUGAAAUUAGGUCAUUAUAUGAAGAUUGCUCCAAGAAAUGUUUUCUGGGCUCAAUUAAUCGCUACUAUCUGGGGUUCUUUAGUUCAAAUUGCUGUUUUAAGAUGGGGUUACGGUGCUAUUGAAAACUUAUGUGCUGCUGACCAAAAGGAUAACUAUACUUGUCCAAAUGGUAGAGUUUUCUUUAACGCUUCUAUUAUUUGGGGUGUUAUUGGUCCUCAAAGACAAUUCUCUCAAGGUCAAACUUACUAUGGUUUAUUAUUCUUUUUCAUUGUUGGUGCUUUCACCCCAGUUAUUAACUGGUUAAUUUUAAAGAAAUGGCCAAACUCACCAAUCAAAUACUUAAACUGGCCAGUCUUCUUCUCUGGUACCGGUUACAUUCCUCCAGCAACUGCUUACAACUAUUCUUCAUACUGUGCCGUUGGUUUAUUCUUCGGAUGGUUUGUUAAGAAGAAGUGGUUCCACUGGUGGACUAAAUAUAACUAUUCCUUAUCCGCUGGUAUGGAUAUUGGUUUAGCUUGGUCUUCAUUAAUCAUUUUCUUAACCUUAUUCUUAACUAACACUAAUUUCCCAGCUUGGUGGGGUAAUAAUGUUGUUAACACCAUGGAUACCCUUGGUACUGCUAUCAGAAACCCAUUAGGUCCAGGUGAAUACUUUGGUCCAUCUACUUGGUAG